AUGUGUGUAGCAUUGUGCUAUAUUACGAGAAUCAGACAAGCUGAGGGCAGCCUGGAGGGAGGUUUGAUACUCACAAUCUACGGCAAUUACCUUGAUGACAAAGCACCUUAUACACAACCCAGGGCAUUCAUUGGAGAUACGGAAUGCGUAAUAAAAGACGUUGUGGUAGACCAGUAUGUGAGCUGCGAAGUGGCUCCAGACGCCAGUGCUGGUGUUUCCAGUUUCCCUGGUAACCGUGGUGUUAACUUUGAGUACUGGACUUCCACAAGCAAGGACAUGAGUAGCCUAGACAGCAUCCUAUCACUGACCAGCUCAUCAGCUGGUUAUAACGCCGAUGUUUUGGACGAGACAUACUUCUAUGACGUCAACGAUACAAUGGACAGUUACGUCAGUAAAAUGACGACAUAUUUUACACCACCUCAUACCGGAAAAUACCAGUUCCAUUUGCUCGCAGACGAUGGCGCCAAAUUGUUCGUUGAUGGUGUUGAAGAAAUAACAUCAGAAAAGUCGUGGGGUACAUCCAGAAAAAUGACUCUAGAUAACUCCAAGAGAUAUCUUCUUCACGUAAUUCACUACGAAACAAGUGGUGAUUCGUCCAUACACCUGAAGGUGAAAUAUUUCAACACGACAUUCACGAGGUCUUGGACAGGCAACGCCAAACAGGAGGAACAAGUUAUCAAGAUUUCGUCCACAGUAAAAUACGACGUACAAGAACUGGAGUUUAAUCAGUUUUCGAGUCAAGAUGCUACAAAUGAAGUACAGACUGUUGAGGUGACCACACCUGGUCAGUUCAGAUUUGGUCUCUUUAACGUAUAUACAGAGCCUCUUACUAUUGACAUGGACGAAGCAAGUGUUCAAGAUGCUAUAAAUAGUAUACCCAUAUUUGGAAGUGAAGAAUCAGUGACUGUAGUGCGGCAGUCGUCUGCUACACCAACCUACCAGAUUACAUUUAACUCCAAAGGAGGUGACUUCCCAGAUAUUCGUGUCGUUGAAGUGGUAAACAGUUCCUCAGUGCAGUAUGAAGUAUCCCAGGAUACAACUGGUGCACCAGACUUAGAUACAGUGGCGCUUUCUUUGGCGGGAGUUGUCUCAGAACCCUUUUCUGUGUCUGGCCUCAGUGCAUCAAAUCUAGAGAAAGCUGUAAGUGGUAUGUUUGAAGCUAAAUGCCCGAAAGCGUUCUCGCCAAGUACAGCCAAAUAUUUCCAAAGUUUCGAAUCUGAUUCUCCUCAAUUUGGCGGGAAAAGAGUGAAAGACACAGAACCUUUUUGUGGAAGAUAUUCACUGAAGGACCCCUAUCUACUUUACAAGAAACCCGAUGAAGAUUUUGGAAUUACAAUGUCAUCUUAUGGAGUUUUAUGUUUCGCUUACAAAGGAUAUUUGCAGAAUUAUAUAAGUAUUACUUUCUCGUAUAAAGCACCAACGACACUGGAAACUAAAUCUGUAUCUCUCCACAUCCCACAUAUGUUUAAAACUGAUUUCAACACUGAAUCAGAGACGUGGUUCUAUACCUGUUUGAAUAUAUACGACGAAGUGAAGGGACUCUACCCCGGUGCUACCCAGCAUAGACUUGAUGCCGUGAGAGUAUACAGUUUAAAUUUUGACCAGUCCGGUUAUAUAGACGCUGUUGUUAUUGGCCAGAAAGAAACAACUAACGACCCAGAGGUGAACCUACGCCGUCGCCGACCGGCUCGCCCAAAUAAUGCACUGAUUAAUACAGCUAGUGUAAAAGAAAUCUCCAGCACGAAGUAUGAAGUCACAUUAAAACCUGUUGAGUGUGGGAACGAAUUCCCUUUGUUUGAAUUAGGAAACGGAUGGGUGACAAGCGGACAAUUAUCAUAUCCUAGCUCUUCCCUUACCUCAACACUUUACAAUAGCAAGGGCGCAAUUGACGUGAAGAGAACAUCUGAGGCAUCACCUUCUAUAACUGGGAAAAUAGAUAUUGAAUUCAAUGGAAAAAUGAAAACAGGACUAAACAUUUCUUUAGACGAGAAAGAUCUUGACAAGGAACUCGAGUCCCUAAAAGGAAUAGGAUCACUAAGUGUGAUCAAGUCAGGAGACUGUGCAAAUUUCGACCUUGUUGUGACAUUUUUGACUUUACCUGGUGACCAAGAGGAAAUGAUAGUGAGUAACGAACAUUUGGAUGGUAUUGACGCUGCCGCUAGCAUUUCAACAACUGUUGAUGGGGGAUUGUUCUAUACGCCUAUAACUGGUGAUAUGGCUACAACAGUUCACAAUACGCCUCAAGUACGAUUGUACAUAAAUGAUGUAUCGACAGCAUGCUCUGGAGAUUGUUCCUUCCAGUGGAAAUCUUCUAUAACGCCUACCGUCACAGCGGUGUCGCCGUCUAAGGGAACAUCUGCCUUAAGUACCUCAAUAGAAAUAACUGGAACGGGCUUUGACACAGACAAAACAAAGAAUUCUGUAAACAUUGGGGGCGUGGCUUGUACAGUUACCGACUCAACAGCAACGCGUAUCACAUGCGACGUCGGCAAUGGUCCAGUAGGUCAAUCUAAGGUAAUAGUCAGUGUAGAUGGUAAGGGAAAAGCUAAACACGCUGGUGGAGAUGUGAUGUUUGAGUAUACGGCUAAUGUUUUGGGCAUUUCACCAACAACAGGAAGUCUUGGAGGUGGGAUAACACUGACAAUAACUGGAUAUGGUUUUAAAAGUGGAGCGUCUGUGACAAUCAACUCAGCUUCGUGUGACGUAGCUGACAUUCAGCCUGACAAAAUCACAUGUAUUGUACCUCCCAUGAAAACAGAUGGAACACAUGAUGUUGAGGUAGUUCAAGGGUCAACUAAAAUGACUUUUUCCGGGUAUAAAUAUGAUUCAUCUCUGACAGCAACUAUCACUAGUGUGACACCAUCAUCACUCGGGGUGUUUGGUGGGCGACUAACUGUUGCUGGUUCAUCAUUCACCACAACUGCAGGAAGCGUAUAUCUUGGUAAAGUAACUGGUAAUAUUGCUUCAUGGACAGACGCCCAGAUUGAAGUUGAUGUCACAGGUGUUCCUGCUGGAACACAUGAACUUAAAGUAGAGACAAGCAAUGGACUAGCAACUAAUGCAUCUGGAGAUAUACCAACGGUUUCUGUCGACCUCCGUAUAACAAACGUUUACCCACUACAAGGCUCAAUAUUGGGUGGCACAAAGCUGACUAUUACUGGAACAGGUUUCGGAACCAACGAAACUGUAGUUGAUGUUAGUGUCGGAGUUGUUAAUUGUGUAGUUGAUACAGUCACAGAUACCCAGAUAAUGUGUAUAAUUGCUGAUGCUGCUCAAACACAUCUUGUGACCAACAAAGGAACAUCUGCUGAAUAUGGUGUGUUCUACGCUUUCGACAAACCUUAUAUCGAAAUUAAUGCUGGAGACUCCGUGUUAUGGUCAUGGGAAACCCCGGAUUUUGUUAACAAUGUUGCACAUGCAAUCAUUGAGACCGACAGCGCAAGCGCAACAACAGCUAAGUCAGGAGGAUUCAAUAGUGGAACUCCAACCAAAAAUGGCCAGUAUAAAAAGCGAUUCACAGAACCUGGUUUGUAUUACGUAUGGAGUGGAUAUGUUGACCGAUGGGGUAUCAAAAACUACGCUGGUACUAUCAAAGUAGAAAACGCAGAAUCUAGUCUAGCCGAGAUAAAUGUAAAGAUUGGAGGCAAAGAGGCUUUGCAUGAAAUCGGAGGAGCUGACGAUCCUGUCGAUAGUACAACAUGUAAAUCCUUGACAACAACUAUGACUUCAUGUUCGGAUGAUCGGCCAACUAAUGGUGAUUCAAGGAAAUUUAACUUUGCGUUCUGGACAUGCAGCACACCUAAUGUAUAUUCUAUAAAUAUCAUUAAUGGAACAGUUCAGACACCAAUAAUUAUAACAGGUGACGGGUUUUCAAAUACAGCCUGUCAGAAUGAGGUUAAAGUUGGCGAUUUCAAUUGUGAUGUGACAUCUUCUAGUGAGACAGAAGUCACGUGUACAUUUGCUAAAUCUGGAGAGCCCGAGCUUGGUAUACUGCACCCAUUAGCUGUACGGGUAGCAAAUCGUGGCGAUGCUCUUGUUGCAUUGACAUCUCCUGAGUCUUAUAGUUUUGGACUCUUACCAAAUAUUGAAUCUAUUUCACCAACGUCUGGAUCAAUGGCCGGAGGCGCUCGUAUCACCAUAACUGGCUUUGGUUUUGGUGAUGCUCCACUGGUUUACAUCGGAAACUCUCUUUGCACUAUCAUUGAAAGCUCCUUUACAGAAAUUAUUUGUGAAAGUCCAUCAUCUACCCAGGGGGAAAGAGAUAUAAAAGUAAACGCCUUCGUAAAUAACAGUCCUCUGAUAGCAGCGUGUGAGACACCAACAAGGACUUGUAGAUUCUCAUACGCUUCUUUAUGGACACCAUCCGUUACAUCGAUAGAUCCAGACAGUAUGUCAACGACAACAACCUUAACAAUAACUGGUACAUCUCUAGGAACAAAUCCGUCGGAGGUAGAAGUCCAAAUAGGCGGAGUAUCUGCAUCUGUUUCAACCGUUGCUGAUACAACUCUAACAGCUUCUAUUGAUAACAUACCAGCUGGAGAUAAUGAUGUCAUUGUGAAAGUAAAAGAUUACGGUAAAGCUACUGGAACAUUGAAGGUUUACGGUACUCCAACUAUCUCUGCGAUUUCGCCAUCAUCUGGAAGUGUCCAUGGUGAAACAAUUAUAACUUUGAAAGGUCAUGGUUUUGUUGAAAAUGAUACUACAAUAGCAUUAGAUGGUUCAUCUUGUGAUGUCAUGUUAACUACACUUGCAGAGGUAACAUGUAAGACACCUUCUCAUGUAGCUGGUUCUGUUAAUGUUGCAGUUACAUCUAAUGGAGUAUCUUAUACUUCAUCUUCAUACAGUUACAGUGCUGGAUCAACACCAACAGUUACUUCUAUCAGUCCUUCAUCCGGGCUACCAGGUCAGACUUUAACAGUAUCCGGUUCCAACUUAGAUGGUGGUGCUAUAUUGGAUACUUUAGACGAUGUCGAGUGUUCUGUUACUUCAAGCUCGAGUAACCAAAUUCAAUGUACCAUAGGAAGUCAUGCAACUGGUUCUGUCCCGGUGUCCGUUUUUGUAGAAGGAAAGGGCCUUUCAAAUACUGAUCAACGAUUUGAAUAUCAACUGACGCUUCGUGAUAUUACUCCAAUUGAAGGGGGAACGGCAGGAGGACAAACAGUUGUAUUAUCUGGUAACGGAUUCGAGGAUACAGCUUCUGUUACAAUAUGCGGACAAACAUGUUCUCCGGAGACGGUGACCUCCACACAAUACUCGUGCAAAACUCCAGCAAAUACUGCACAAUCAUGCAAUGUUGUAAUGUCUCUUAAUGGUCUAACAAAAACACUCCAAAAUGCGUACACUUAUAAUGCUGCGCUUACUCCAGUUAUUUCUGCUGUUAAUCCGUCACGCGGAGGAACAGGUGGUGGUACGGUUCUGACGAUUACUGGCUCUGGUUUUGGGAAUGUUCUUGGAGAUGUUAAAGUGAUGAUAGAUGAUAUAGAAUGUGUAGCAUCAUCAGUUAUAGCCACACAGAUUGUUUGUACCACAGGACCGCAUGCGGGUUCAGUUGAUACAAAAGUCGAAGUUCAAGUGUCCGGGAAUGGUGUUGCUGAAGAGGCUGCGUCUGAUGAUGCAGCUUUCAGCUACAUAGAUGUUUGGUCCUCCUUGUAUACAUGGGGAGGUUCUUCUCUACCUCAAGAGGGCGAAUUCAUUAUCAUUCCUGCUGGUAUGACGUUGUUAUUAGACACAGACACUCCAAUUCUCAGUUUCUUGCUUAUACAAGGUGGUAAAUUGAUAUUUGACGAGAAGGACGUGGAACUUAAGGCAAAGAUUAUAAUGAUUACUGAUGGAGGUCUUUUACAAGUUGGUACAGAAUCUGAACCUUUUCAACAUAAGGGCAUUAUCACUUUGUAUGGUCACCAUAGAGAUAAAGAACUACCUAUUUACGGUACAAAGGUAUUAGCAGUCCGGAAUGGAACUCUUGAUUUACACGGUAUUGAAGUGCCCCUCACAUGGACAAGAUUACAAUCAACAGCAACAGCUGGAUCAAAUACACUUGAGUUACAGAACCCAGUGGAAUGGAAUAUUGGUGACGAAAUAGUCAUUGCAUCCACAAGCCAUAAACACUCACAAAGUGAAAAUGAGAAGAAAACCAUCACUGAUAUAUCACUGGACAAACUUACACUAACCCUUGAUUCUGCUCUUGAAGCCACCCAUUGGGGUACUCAGGAAACAUUUGAUGGGACAAAUGUAGAGUUCAGAGCGGAAGUGGGACUGCUAACGCAUAACGUUGUUGUAAGGGGUAAUACUAAUGCUCAAUGGGAAGAUAAAAUUGAGGCUUGCGAAGCAGGAUUCGAUACAGGAGAGUUCGCGACUCAAACAUGCUUCCUCGGUAGAUUCGGAGAUGAAAUAGGCAGCAGUCAGUUUGGCGCUAUGAUUUUAGUACACGCUCCUGUAUAUGAUACCCACGAAGCUCAGGCUCGUAUAUCCUAUACUGAGGUUACCUUUGCUGGACAAGCAUUUAGGUUGGGGAGAUACCCAGUACAUUUCCAUUUGAAUGGCGAUAUGUCUACUAGCUACGUAAGAGGUUGUGGAAUUCAUCACACUUUUAACAGAGCUGUUAAUAUUCAUGGUACACAUAAUACAUUAAUUGAGAAAACUGUAAUAUACAAUAUCAUGGGCGGCGCAUUUUUCCUAGAGGACGGUAUUGAAACGGGAAAUACAAUACAGUAUAAUUUAGCUGUUUUUGUCCGAGAUAGUUCUAGUCUUUUGAACGAUGAUGUGACUCCAGCAUCCUAUUGGGUUACAAACCCAAAUAAUACUAUUCAACACAACGCAGCAGCUGGUGGUUCACAUUUUGGUUAUUGGUACAGAAUGCACAAUCACCCUGAAGGUCCGUCCUUUACAGAAUCUGUUUGUCCAAUAAGCGUACCACUUGGGAUUUUCUUAAACAAUUCAGCACACGGCUUUGGUUGGUUUGGACUGUGGAUAUUCCCUGACUACUUUCCUAAAAAAGAUCCAUGCGGGGGUACAGAAGUAGAACCGGCAAUAUUUGAUGGAUUAUUCGCUUGGAACAACGACAAGGGUGCAGAAGCUGUAAUGGUCGGUGCUCUUCAGUUCAAGAAUUUUGUUUUAGUGCAGAACAAAUUAGCAGGUUACGAAGGAAAAAAGGUUCUAAAUGUGCCUCAGUUUACGGAAAAUUCGCCUAUGUUAGCUGACAGCUUAGUUGUCGGUACAACGACCACCAUACCCGAACAGGAACAAGGUUGUACGAGAGGUGGUAUUGUUUUCCCGUUUGGGGCUGGUUUUAGGUUGAUAAAUACACGAUUUGUUAACUUUGCUGACAGUAACUGUGCAACAUUUCGCUGGACUAGAAUAGACGGAACGUGUGUUGAUCAAUGCGGGGGCUACACAUAUCACACGGAGAGUAUCACUUUCGUAAAUGCUCCAAAUAAGGCAAUUUAUGCGUGGGAAUGGGAAGGCAUUAUACUAGACAUAGAUGGAACUGUCACAGGAAAACCUGCCAACUGGACUAUUAUACCAACUACUGGAACUGUUCCAACUGAUUGUGAACAUGCACCAGAAUUUAGUAUUGGUAUUCCCGCCAGUUUAUGCCCACAUAAAACCUGGCAUCGAUUUGCUUUCAAUCAGAUCUUGCCCGAAUCAUUAGAGGGAAAGAAUUUCUUAAUAACAAACCAGUAUGGAACAAGUAGUGUUCCAUACCGUAAGAAACGACUUAGUCAUAAGCCUGGAUGGAUGAUGGCUAUGCUUGGUGGCGCCUCAUACUCCUUCGAAUUCGAGCAUGCUUCACAGAUUAAGAAUAUCAGCUUCACUGGACAAUUUGAUAACUUCCAGACUGGUGACUACAUAUUUCUGGAGGUAGAAGUAAAGGAAGUUCCCGACAGGUUUUCAAUUGAUGGUGGAGACACGUUCGUAAAUGCUACAGUAGGUGGGUUAGAUCCAAACACCGCUAAAAACGGAGACUGGGAAUGGGAUAACGCCAAUAACAGAGUGAAGUUUAUAAUUCAUAGCAGUAGACGUUCAAGAAGGGGAAUGUCUGUGUACAAUAUUGAUCGACCACUUAGUCUCACAUCGUACAAGUGUUAUUAUAAAGAUUGUAUCCCGCCCCCUGACCCAGAUACUAUUCCGCCUGACACAGAAAGACCACUUGACUUUGACAUUUGGGAUGAUACAACAAUAUGGAACAAUUCAAACAAUGAUAGCUUUGUUUCUAAUAUCGGCGGCUCCUACGGAACACCACAGGAUUACGACAAUGUGCGAAUAGCUUUUGGAACAUGGGUGGUUGUGAAUAAAACAACACCUUUCAACAAGCUUGGAACGUUACUUCUUGAAGGGGUUCUUGAGUUUUUUGACACACCAGGAGCUGUAUAUGAAAUAGAAGCUGAUUUUAUUAUCAUCAAAGGAGGGCGCCUUAUAAUAGGAUGGCCGGACGAUGCAUUUGAUGGUUUAGCUACUAUAACGUUAAGAGGGGAUCAUUCGUCACCUUACUAUGAUCCUGGUGAUGGGCCAGUGCUUGGAUCCAAGGCUAUAGGUGUUUUUGGAGGUUUGGACUUGUUUGGUAAAGAUGUCGGACGAACAUGGACUCAGUUGUCAACAACGGCCAAUGCGGGUUCAAAUCAAAUCAUUCUUGAUGAUGAGGUGGAGUGGUCACAAGGUGAUGAGAUGGUUAUUGGUCCAACUGGAUUCGAUCCAUGGCAGACAGAGUCAUUCAAAAUUGAGUCAAUUGCAGCUGAUAAAGUUACCAUCACAUUAAAUGCAACACUUAAAUAUCAGCACACAGCUCACAAAGAAACACUAUCUAACGGUGAGAAGAUCAACGUUGGGGCUGCUAUUGGCCUUUUAUCGCGCAAUAUCAAGAUAAUAGGUCAGGACUACGAUGAUUUAUAUAAAGAAUCAUUUGGUGCUCGCGUUAUUGUUGGUUUGGUAACAUCAAAGGGACAAACAUAUACAGGUUAUGCUAGAAUGUCGAAUGUUGAGUUCUAUCACACUGGUCAAGAGGGAUUUACAGAGGAAUAUGACCCUAGAUUUUCUCUGGCUUAUGUUGCAACUGGAACUGUUAGUGAAGUCAAGCCAUCUUUUGUGUCAAAAUGCUCAUUCCAUAAUGGUUUCAACACUGCCAUAGGUGCCUUUGGAAUUGGAAGUCUCAACAUCUCGGACAAUGUUGUUUUUGGGUCAGUUGGUGAAGCUAUAAGAACAAGUUCAAACGACACACGUAUCGUGAAUAAUCUGGUAACCCUUGUCGUAUCUACUGCAACUUACCAAGAUCGAUAUGAAACAUUUAACCCACGUUGGGAAUCUGGAAUCGAGGCUAUGACUGCUACAGAAUUGACUCUCCAAAAUAAUCUUGUAACUGGAUCCGAAAAAAUAGCCUUCCAUGUUCAUCCACAGAGUUGUCACGAUUCAUCCGAUCGAUACACAAAUAAUAAGGCAUUCGCUAAUGUGCUAGGUGUCGUCAUACUUCCAGAUGAUAAGAUUGAAGAUACUGACUGUGUAAAGUUAUCAGGAUACACGGUAUGGAAAAAUAACUACUUUGGAAUGUAUUAUCAAAACGAAUUUAAUUUAAUUGCCGAGAAUAACUUAUUGAUUGAAAAUAAAAAUGGACUUAUGACAAUAGUUAUAAAACCAAGUGCUUUAGGACACCAAUAUGCAAAUAAAACUGUGGCAGUAAAGAGUUCGACAUUUGUGGGUCAAACAGACAGCUUUGACUGCAGCAGAGACGUUCCUCCAUCAAAAGACGACAACUUUGAUCUAACUUCAAAAGCUAAAGGAAGUCCAGCACCAAGUGGCGGUAUGGUUGGUGUAGUAUUCCCAAACUUUUACCAAGAAACCAAUAAGGCUCCUUUCAAGCCAUGGACAGGAUGUAUGGCGUACAACGCCAUCGGUGGCCUUAUGACAUUGCAAAAUGUCACAUUUGCGAAAUACCAGAGUACUUCUUGUACAUCAAAUUUUGCUAUUUCUACUAAUAUUGGAAACGAUGAUGGACAGCAUCCAGUGGAGUCACGAGAAAGCAAUCUCAUUGACGUUGAUGCAUCAAACAAGAUUGUCUACCAUAGACCAAACGUUAAGAAAAUCAACUCGGCUGACUGUAUAGACAUGGAUUGUGAUGCACUAAAGAAGGCUCUUUUCAAAGAUUUAGACGGUACUUUCCUGGGGCAUAUUGGCUCCGUCAUCCCGCAAUCAGAGUUUGAAUGGGGCGGUGAUCCUAGGCGUGGUUUAGGAGACUAUAGGAUACCUAAAGAAAUGGUAACUGACAUGAAUGGCAACAGGAUACCUUAUGAUACCAUUGCACCCCAUAAAGGUGUGAUACGUAACAAUAACUGCACCUAUCAUUCAAGCUGGCAGGCGUAUGAGUGUAACGAGGAAUUGAACUAUGAGAUGCUGAUCAUUGAGAGCAUGGAUGCUGACACAGAAACUCGGCGACUGUCUCCUGUCGCAAUCCUUGGUGACGGGUACGUUGACCUGAUUAAUGGUCCGCAGGAUCACGGCUGGUGCAGUGGGUAUACAUGCAGAAAAAGGUUGUCUACUUUCAUGGCCCUUGUUGUCACAGACAAGGAUUACCUUGUGCAUUUCACAAGUGUCACCCCGGAAAAGCUGCGAUACCGGUUAUUGAACGUGGACAAUGAUAAGGGUAUUAAGCUUACUGUCUGGUAUUCAAGGUCAAAUAGGUUGGAUGUUUACGUUGACGAUGUCUAUGUUAUGGCUACUAAUGUAAGAAUCGAUGGUAAUGGAAGAUAUAUAUCGUCAAUGCCAAAAGGAAAUGAGUUUGAGCCUCAGCUAGCGAAUGAUACAGGGACCAACUAUUUCGACAGAGAUAGAGGUGAACUUACUGUCAUUAUCAAAGGCUCACAGAAGAUCGAUGUAAAAACUCAGCAGUCUAUCAUAGUUUCAUUCGGGAUUCCAGCCCUUACGGUCGACCAAUUCUUUGGAGAUGAUAUCAUAGAAAACCUUGCAAAUUUUCUCAAUAUUCCGCUGACAAAAGUGCGUGUGGUAAAUGUCGUUAGUGCUGCAAGUAGUGGACGCCGCAGAAAGAGAUCAACUAGUGGUAUUUCGGUUGAAAUUGAAAUAGGUGACGAACCAACGUCAGGUAUAAACGACACGGCGUCCAAUACCAUUGAUUAUUCUACACUACUGGAGCUUGCUGCUAACAUUGUUAACGAGUGUCAAGUAGGAAACAUUAGUGACUCAUUUAACGUAAGUGGAGGAUGCGAGACCGUUGAAGUACCGUCAUCAAAUCCCGAGGUGGCAUCCAUUGUUUACAACACACCAUCUCCUGACCACCUGUUCUUCGUCAAUAAACCAGAGCCUGAAUAUGAAGGUGUUCUACUUAAAACGCAGCCAAAAAUACGUGCUGAAGAUAUAUCCAAUAAUAUUUUAACUGAGUUGGGUACUGCCGAAUUUCCCUGGCAACUGACUGCAAGCCUCCGAACCGGAUAUGGACACCCACGUGCAAUAUUGAACGGCACAUUGACAGUUAACUGUUCCAGUGGCUGGUUCAACUUCACUGACCUAGCAAUUUCCCAUAUGGGUACAGGCUACAUACUAGAUUUCAAUGUUUCUUAUCCGACGGAAGCGGAAAACUUUACAUUGGCGUCAGAUCCCUUUGAUGUUGAUGGACGUCCAAUUAAAGUUCAUGUACAUGACCAAACAAGUGGUGAUAUCGUAAAAGAUGCUCGUUUCUCUGUAACACUAGAUCUCAAAGAUUCUAAUACAGAAGAUGUCAUCUCAGAUAUAGCAUGGAGAGAUCACACUUGGACGUCUGAGGUUACCCUGUUAGGAAGCUCAAGUUAUGCCUCCCUGACUGGCGUGCUUACAUCUUCAUUUGACUCAUCUUCGGGUCAGUCCAUAUUCCCAGAUCUUACCCUUACUGGUAUUGGAAUGUACUACUUACAAUUCAGGGUUGUCUCGAACCCUCCAGACUUCAACUUGACCUUGAACCACAAACUGAACGUCAAACAUCCAUCACACGUUGGCAUGACAGUUGAGGAAGAAUAUGAAGUACAGGUAAAGUUUGAUGUAGAUUUCAACAAGAUACUGCCCUCAGAGGACAAACAGAAUGAGUUUGAGCAGAUGGUACUGACAGAAUAUGCUAAUCUGUGGCCUGACGUAUUGCUUUCAGUCGGUUCUAUCAGAGAAGGGAGUAUCGUAGUGACAUUUGUUAUAUCAGGGACAUCAUCGUCAGUGAAUGCUACAGCAUACAGUCUUUGUGACAGUAUCUGCAAUAAGACCGCCUACUCCUACAACGGUUACAGUCUUACUCUAUCUCCCUACCUCACUAUCAACAACCAAACUUACUAUGGAGUCACGUGUGGGGAUAUGUCAGAAGAUGAUGACGAUGAAGGACUUGCUGGUUACCUGAUCGCAAUUAUUGUUCUGCUCUGUCUUCUCGUUACAAUAAUUGUUGUUGUUGUCAUUUGGAAGUUUGCGGUCAAGCCUAAGACACAGACCCACGUUCCAGUGUUUGUAAAGCCUGUAACUGACGCUGGUGUUGUAACUGGUACUCGCUAUGUGGGAUUUAGUAAAGGAAAUGUAGAGGAGUUCUUAUUCCGAGAAGUUUCAUUCACAAGUAUGCGGGGAGGAUACAUGGAUCAGCCGGCCCCGCCAAUGACAACUAAAAUACAAAUAUCUGACCUACCUCAGAACGAGUAUUACGUUGGUAUGCCAACAGCACGAUCACUUUGUCAUGAACAACAACUAAGUUCAAGGUCACAAAUAAGCAAUGUCAAGGUGGCUGAUUUUCUGAACACUGAAACCAAGACAGAGACAAAUGGUGGUGAUCUAACGCCAUCGCCAGCAGGCAAAAGGCUUCAAGUUUCAAGAUUGACGGAUAGACUCGAGUCUGGACAAUCCAGUUCAACUUGUUCAGCUUCACCAAUGUUACACAGAGCAUGUACUCCUGUAACAGAAAUAGAAAAUAGCCUUCCCCCAGUUGGACAGGCGCAAUUUGAAGCUUGAUUAUAGACUUAAAAAAACAAUGUCAAUACACGUUAUUUUAUGUGUGUUUUAUUGUGUU